AUGCAGGGACAGCUGAUAGACACGGUGAGGGACAAGCUGUGCGAGUGUGCUGGUGCGGUGCAGUCGCAGCGGGACUGCGACCUGCGGGUGCUGGUGGCACAUGCCAAUUUGCUGGACGCGCUGCUGCUGGAACAGAGACGCAGGGAACAGCAGGAGCGGCUCGGGCGUGCAGGGGCCGCGCCUCCGCUGCUGCUCGCCGAUUCGUGCACGGACUCGUCCUCCGACGACGAGUACAGUUCCCUGUCCAGUUCAGAGGAGGAGGACUCCGACGAGGACUCCGACUACGAGUACAACGCACAGUACGGGAUCCCCAGCGCGUGCGGCUCUGCCAACUUGCUCACGAAGAUGGCCUCGCAUUCGGACCCACAGUUGGGACGGCUAGUACUUCCAACCAUGUAA